GCAAGCGGGCGGGCGCGGGGCUGGGCCGAGGCGGGCGGCGGCGGUGGGCCGGCCGGAGGGGGAGGAGCGGGCGCUGUGUGAGCAAGGCGGGCGGAGGAUGAGGCCGUGCCCGGGCUCUGGCUGCAGCCGCCCAGGGACACGCCGUGCACCCUCGGGCUCGGGGCUCUGGCGUCGGCGGCUGUGGCAGCGUUAGCUGCGAGCGAGUGAGCGAGUGAGCGAGCGGCAUCUCCCAGCGCUUCUUCCUCAGGCGGGGCGACGCGAAGAAGAGGCAGCGGCGGCGGCGGCACCACACCGGUGUAUCUCGGUUUGGAGACUGCUCUUUGCUUUCCUCAUUGACUGACUCACCCCCCUCCUUUAUAAUUUUUUUUUUGGAGGAAGGGUGACCUCUGGAACUGGGGGUUGGGGGGAAACCUACAAUUUGUGUGUGUGUGUGCGUGCGUGCAUGUGUAUGUGAGGAGGGGGUCGGUGGCACGCGCCAGGCUUUGCAAUUCUUCUCUUCUUUCAUCUUUUUCUCCUCCUCCCCACCUCGAAGACCGAAAAAAAAGGGCAAGGAAAAAAUCCCACAACUGCUCUAGCGUCCUCCUCCUUCCCUUCCUCCUUUCCCCCGGCAACCUCUAUCUCCGCUCGUGAUUGCCUGGUUAUGCUCCCCUCUCUGGGGGGUCUCGCCCCUGUCUGCUCGCUCCCCAGCCCUGGCUUCCCUUGGAUACAUUUCUUAAAAAAAGAAUUGGGAGCCCGGGAGUGAGUUUUUCUGCGAGGCGUGUGUGUGAGAGGAGGAGGUGUGGGGUGUUUUCCUGCACGAGGGGGCGGGUGAAGUUCAUUGCCACCCACCCCUCACUUCACCGUGACCUUUUCGGACCUCGGGGUUUCUUUCUUUUUUUAAAUUGGGGGUAGGGGUCUCUAGAGAAAGCGAGAAGCAAGGCGAUUUCGGUGGUGGGGAGAGAGCAUGGCCGCGGGGAGGGCUUCCCCAGUCUCUUGAUCAAAGCAUUCCGCUAUUCUGAUUUAUUGCCUGCUUGGUGAGUUAUUUUUUUCCCCCCUUUCCUCUGUAAAGGAGACCUGUGUGUUCAGCCAUUACUUUGCUCGGCUCUGUUCGCAGGCAUCUCCGACCCUCGGUGCAGAGGGGAGCCCCACACUUCGCCCUCUCGCUUCCCAGUCCCUCCCUCCCCGUCUCCCCGCCCCUUCCCCCUUUUUUUCUUUCUUUUUUCCCCCUGCCCUCCCUUCUUCUUCUUCUUCAGCUUUUUUUUUUUUUUUAUUCUCCCAGCCUCCUUCCCCGCGCCCUUCCUCGCGGCUGGAGGGAAAAGCCCGUGCAGGAGGAGGAAGGGCUCGGUGUCAAUUUUUUUCUUCUUGGUGUGUGUGUGUGUGUGUGUGUGUGUGUGUGUGUGGCCGCGGCCCGAGCCUGUGGCGCGCGGGUAGGCAAACGGGGAAGAUCCCCGGCGCGAUUAAAAGAACCAUGGAUGGCCCGACGCGGGGACAUGGACUCCGGAAAAAGCGGAGGUCGCGAUCACAGCGAGACCGGGAGAGACGCUCCCGGGCCGGGUUAGGAACCGGUGCGGCGGGCGGUGGAGGAACCGGCCGGACCCGGGCUCCCUCGCUGGCUUCAUCGUCGGGCUCCGACAAGGAAGACAAUGGAAAGCCCCCAUCCUCCGCCCCGUCCCGGCCCAGACCCCCGCGGAGGAAGCGCAGAGAGUCCACCUCAGCCGAAGAGGACAUCAUUGAUGGAUUUGCCAUGACCAGCUUUGUUACUUUUGAAGCGCUGGAGAAAGAUGUAGCAGUUAAGCCUCAGGAAAGAGUGGAGAAACGGCAGACUCCUCUGACCAAGAAGAAACGAGAAGCUCUUACCAAUGGUUUGUCUUUUCACUCCAAGAAGAGCCGGCUCAGCCACUCACAUCACUACAGCUCAGAUCGAGAAAAUGACCGCAACCUCUGCCAGCACCUUGGGAAGAGAAAGAAGUUGCCAAAGGGACUCAGACAGCUCAAGCCAGGACAGAACAGCUGCAGGGACAGUGACAGCGAAAGCGCUAGCGGAGAAUCCAAGGGUUUCCACCGGAGCAGCUCUCGUGAGAGGCUCAGCGAUAGUUCAGCUCCUUCCAGCUUGGGAACAGGCUACUUCUGCGACAGUGACAGCGACCAGGAAGAGAAGGCAUCAGAUGCUAGCUCCGAAAAACUCUUUAACACUGUUCUUAUAAACAAAGAUCCAGAGUUAGGUGUUGGACCACUGCCCGAACACGACAACCAAGAUGCAGGGCCAAUUGUCCCCAAGAUCUCGGGUCUAGAGAGAAGCCAGGAGAAGAGCCAGGACUGUUGCAAAGAGCCCGUCUUUGAACCCGUGGUGCUCAAAGACUCUCACCCUCAGCUCCCCCAGCUACCGUCGCAGCCUCAGGCGGAACUCCAGCUCCAGAUUCCAUCUCCAGACCCCGACUUGGUCCAGCACACGGAGGCUCCGCCCCAGUUUCCUCCUCCAAGUACACAGCCAGCCCAAGGCCCCCCAGAAGCCCAGCUGCAGCCUGCCCCACAGCCUCAGGUGCAGCGGCCGCCCAGGCCGCAGUCCCCCAGCCAUCUGCUCCCGCAGGCUCUUCCGCCUGUGCAGUCCCAUCCCUCUUCCCAGAACCUCUCCCAGAGCCUCUCUCAGCCACUGUCGGCCUACAACAGCAGUAGCCUGAGCCUCAACAGCUUAAGCAGAAGCAGUACUCCAGCCAAGACCCAACCAGCCCCUCCUCACAUCUCCCACCAUCCCUCGGCUUCUCCCUUUCCCCUCUCUCUGCCCAACCACAGCCCCCUGCACAGCUUCACGCCCACCCUCCAGCCCCCUGCCCACUCACAUCACCCCAAUAUGUUUGCCCCUCCCACUGCCCUGCCUCCUCCCCCACCGCUGACGUCUGGAAGUCUGCAGGUGCCCGGGCAUCCCGCAGGGAGCACUUACUCAGAACAAGACAUCUUGAGGCAGGAACUGAACACGCGUUUCCUGGCCUCUCAGAGCGCCGACCGAGGGGCAUCCCUGGGCCCUCCGCCCUACCUGCGGACCGAGUUCCAUCAGCACCAGCAUCAGCACCAGCACACGCACCAGCACACGCACCAGCAUACCUUCACACCGUUCCCCCACGCCAUCCCACCCACCGCCAUCAUGCCGACGCCAGCACCUCCCAUGGUGCGUACCCCAGGCAGAAAUUUUGACAAAUACCCCACCAAAGUUGACCCAUUCUACCGGCAUAGUCUCUUCCACUCCUAUCCUCCUGCAGUCUCGGGUAUACCCCCCAUGAUCCCACCCACGGGCCCUUUUGGUUCACUGCAAGGAGCGUUCCAGCCGAAGACAUCCAACCCUAUCGAUGUGGCUGCUCGACCUGGAACAGUCCCCCACACUCUACUCCAAAAGGACCCAAGGUUGACAGAUCCUUUCAGACCUAUGUUAAGGAAACCAGGAAAGUGGUGCGCCAUGCACGUACACAUUGCCUGGCAGAUUUACCACCACCAGCAGAAGGUCAAGAAACAGUUGCAGUCGGACCCACACAAGCUGGACUUCGGGCUGAAGCCUGAGUUCCUGAGCCGUCCUCCAGGCCCCAGUCUCUUCGGGGCCAUCCAUCAUCCCCAUGAUCUGGCACGACCUUCGACUUUGUUCUCCGCCGCUGGUGCUACACAUCCUACCGGGACCCCUUUUGGGCCGCCACCUCAUCACAGUAACUUUCUCAACCCUGCCGCUCACCUAGAGCCUUUUAACCGGCCGUCUACAUUCACGGGCCUUGCCGCAGUCGGCGGCAAUGCCUUCGGUGGACUUGGAAACCCUUCAGUUACACCCAACUCAGUGUUCGGCCACAAGGAUAGCCCCAGUGUGCAGAACUUUAGCAAUCCUCACGAGCCCUGGAACCGGCUGCACCGAACGCCUCCAUCGUUCCCGACCCCUCCGCCCUGGCUGAAGCCAGGGGAGUUGGAGCGCAGUGCGUCCGCUGCAGCCCAUGACAGAGAUAGAGAUGUAGAUAAACGAGACUCCUCCGUUAGUAAAGAUGACAAGGAAAGGGAAAGCGUUGAGAAAAGACACCCCAGCCAUCCUUCCCCAGCACCUCCCGUCCCGGUGAGCGCCCUGGGCCAUAACCGCAGCUCUACCGAUCCGACGACCAGGGGUCAUUUGAAUACUGAGGCUCGUGAGAAAGAUAAACCAAAAGAGAGGGAGAGAGACCACUCGGGAUCCCGAAAGGACCUGACCACCGAAGAGCACAAAGCCAAGGAAGGCCACCUGCCCGAGAGAGACGGGCAUAGCCACGAGGGACGUGUAGCGGGCGAGGAACCCAAGCAACUGUCCCGGGUGCCAUCACCCUAUGUGAGGACCCCAGGUGUAGAUAGCACGAGGCCUAACAGCACCUCCAGCCGGGAGGCCGAGCCACGCAAGGGUGAGCCGGCCUAUGAGAACCCCAAGAAGAGCGCCGAGGUCAAGGUCAAAGAGGAACGCAAGGAAGACCACGACCUACCUACAGAGGGCCCACAGGCCCACAGGACCUCAGAGGCACCUCCACCCAGCUCCUCAGCCAGUGCUAGCGUGCACCCAGGGCCUCUGGCAUCCAUGCCCAUGACCGUGGGAGUGACCGGUAUUCAUGCCAUGAACAGUAUCGGUAGUCUGGACAGGACACGCAUGAUGACCCCGUUUAUGGGCCUCAGCCCAAUCCCAGGGGGAGAGCGCUUCCCAUACCCCUCUUUCCACUGGGACCCCAUGAGGGACCCCUUGAGAGAUCCUUACCGUGACUUGGACAUGCACCGAAGGGACCCUCUGGGCAGGGACUUCCUGCUCAGGAAUGACCCCCUGCACCGGCUCUCCACACCCCGGUUGUAUGAAGCCGACCGCUCCUUCAGGGACAGGGAGCCUCAUGAUUAUAGCCACCAUCACCACCACCACCACCACCCGCUAGCUGUGGACCCUCGACGGGAACAUGAACGGGGCGGACACCUAGAUGAGCGCGAGCGGCUGCACGUGCUUCGGGAGGACUACGAGCACCCACGGUUGCACCCUGUGCACCCCGCUUCUCUGGAUGGACACCUCCCACACCCGAGCCUGCUCACGCCAGGCCUGCCCAGUAUGCACUACCCUCGCAUCAGCCCUACUGCGGGCCACCAGAAUGGACUGCUCAACAAGACCCCGCCCACCGCGGCACUCAGCGCCCCACCUCCGCUCAUUUCCACACUGGGGGGCCGCCCAGGAUCCCCCCGGAGGACUACGCCUCUGUCGGCUGAAAUCCGAGAAAGGCCACCGUCCCACACACUGAAGGACAUCGAAGCUCGAUAAGUCAGGAGGACGAGGCAGACCUCAGAGUUGGGGAAAAAACCCCAGGGACACCCCCCAAGACUCAAAAGACAACUCCUGCACCCCCAGAAUUGAGAGGUGCAGAGCUCCAACUCUUCCCCUUGGAAAAAAAAUGGACAGAGACUCCGUUUGGGUGUUGAAAUGUUUUGUAUAUUAAUGUUGGGAUUUUUCAGACCUUUUAGCCAGUCCUGUUUGUCCUUACAUCUCCUUACUUUUUUUUUAAUUUUGUUGUUCUUUGCAUCAAAUUUUGAUUUGAACCAAAACGGUGAAGGUAAUGACACACAAGGAUCUGAUGCUAUGGGGGUGAGGGGCACCCGUCCAUCACCCAGAGCUGUCCCAGAGGAGGAGGCGUGUACAUAGAGUGUAAAAAGAGAUUGCUUCAUGAGCUGACGGUUCAUAUAUGCAAAAGAUAAAGACGAAAGCUUUACUUGUACAGAUGUAAAUAGGUAAAGAUUAAGUAACAUAAUACAUUAAUACUUCUUCAAAUGUGCUAUUUACAAGUCUAAUAUCCGUGAACUCGGCCCUCCAAGGAGGCCCUGUUCCCAUCUGCUAAACCCUUCAACUAUGCAAUGAACACGAGGGCUUUCCCCCAAAGCCCAUAAAUCUCAAAGGAGCCUUUUCAAAUCCAUUUACAACAUAUUUAAGGUCAUAUUUUCCCUGAACAAGCGCUUACCUGAGAUGUUAUACAACUGUUUCCCCCCUCCCCCCCCCCCCGUUUGUUUUUCUGUUUUUCAGA